GUCGCUACCUGGCAUUUAAUUGCAAUUCUCAAAACCCCCUCCCACACCCUCCAUCACACGCAUUGCUACCGUCAUCGUCUUGCCUGGCGAAUCGGGUGUAAAUACGCACAAUGAAAGCACCGCUAAAAUUUUUGUUGUAAUAGCUGAAAUACUAAGUGCCACGAGGAUUUUAUAUAGGGUAUUUAUACAUCUUAGCACGGUUUACUGCAUGGCCUGAUGAUGCCUUGGAGAUGGUGGCCACAUCACUGCUGCAGGAAACUAAACUGGAGGCAUCAUUGUUGGCUCACUGUGUCACUGUCUGCAAGUAUUUCCACCACAGCAUUGAUGACCUUGCCCACAGGUUCUAUGAGCAGCUGCGGCGGAGGUACUAUGUGACAUUGUGACACCCACCUCCUACCUGGAGCUCGUGUUCACCUUCAAGCAGCUCCUCCUUAAGAAGCGCUCAGAGAUCCUCACACUACGGGACAGGUAUGUGACAGGUCUGGAGAAACUGAAAGAGGCCAAGCUGUUGAUCACUGAACUGCAAGAAGAGCUAAAGCUGCUGCAGCCCCGCCUAGUGGAGACCUCUGCCAACACGGAGGCACUUAUGAUCAAGAUCGAACAAGACACCAUCCAAGUGGAGAGGAAACAAGAGUUGGUGGCGGCAGACGAGGCGGUGGCCAAUAAGAAGUUUGCCGAUGCACAGGCCAUAAAAGACGACUGUGAAAAGGAGCUCGCCAAGGCAGUACCAGCUCUCAAUGCUGCCACAGACGCCCUCAACACCCUCAAACAAGAUGACAUACGCGUCGUCAAGGCCAUGAAGAACCCGCCCUCAGGAGUCAAGCUGGUAAUGGAAGCUGUGUGUGUAAUGCUGGACCUCAAGCCAGAGAGGAAGCCAGACCCUAAUGGCUCAGGAAAAAUGAUUGAGGACUAUUGGGCACCAUCUCAGAAGCUGUUGGGGGAUAUGAAGUUCCUCCAGAACCUGCUGCACUAUGACAAAGAAAACAUUCCCACAAAGAUUAUCACUCACGUCCGCAACAAGUUCUACUCUCACCCGGAUUUUGACCCAAAGAAGAUACGUAUGGUAUCAAUGGCUUGUGAGGGCCUCUGCCGAUGGGUGAGGGCCAUGGUUGUCUAUGAUCAAGUCAUAAAGAUUGUCGCCCCCAAGAAACAAGCUUUGGAGGCUGCCAACCAUGAACUGGCCCUCCAGAAUGAAAAGCUAGAGGAAAAGAGGAAAGAACUCAGAGAGGUGACAGAUAAACUUCAAGCUCUUAAUGAUGAGUUCACCAAGAAGCAGAAGGAGAAGAAGGACCUGGAGGAUUCGAUUGUUAGGUGUGAACAGAAGAGGGACCGCUCCGAGAGGCUCAUAGGUGGUCUGGGUGGAGAGCGAGACAGGUGGAGCAACGAAGCUCAGCAGUUGAGCGAGAGUUUGGAGAACAUUGUGGGUGACGUGCUGAUCGCUGCUGCCAUCGUGGCCUACCUUGGAGCUUUUACUGUCGACUAUAGGGAGACUUGCCUUCAGAACUGGCAUCAAAAGUGUCAGGAACUGGGAAUCUCAUGUAGUGUGAAAUUUGUCCUGUAUGACACUCUGGGUGACCCUGUACAAAGCCGCACCUGGCAGCUGGCAGGGCUGCCUUUUGACACUUUCUCAGUUGACAAUGCCAUCAUUGUCGCUCACUCACGCCGCUGGCCACUCAUGAUAGACCCCCAGGGUCAGGCCAACAAGUGGGUGGUGAACAUGGAGAAGGAAAAUGGUCUUCAGGUGGUAAGGCAGACUGACCAAUCUUUCACCAGAGUGCUGGAGGAAGCACUUCAGAAGGGCCUUCCGCUGCUUAUUGAAGGCGUAGGUGAAGAACUGGACCCCAUACUUGAUCCAGUGCUACUGAGGCAGACGUUUAAACAGCAGGGUGUGGAUCAUGUGCGGGUGGGGGAGGUGGUGACAGAGUACCACAACAACUUCCGCUUGUACAUCACUACUAGGCUCAGGAACCCGCACUUCCUGCCACAGGUCACUGUUAAGGUGGUUGUUCUAAACUUCCUCAUCACAAAGAUGGGGUUGGAGAACCAGCUGCUAGGGCUGGUGGUGGCUCAUGAACGACCUCAACUGGAGGAACGCAAGAACCGUUUGCUGGUAGAGUCCGCCCACAACCGCCGCGCCCUCCAAAAAACCCAGGAGAAGAUCCUUGAGGUCCUCUCCACUGCUGGCCAGAACUUACUGGAGGAUGAGAAGGCUAUUGAUAUUAUGUCAUCUAGCAGGGUCCUAUCGCAGGAGAUCUCGGCGAAGGAGGAGGUGGUGCAACAGACGGAGCAGGAGAUUGAUGCUGCAAGGGGUGCCUACAAACCAGUCGCUAUCCAUGCCUCUGUCCUUUUCUUCUGCGUAUCUGACAUGGCAGCCAUCGAACCCAUGUACCAGUAUUCCCUUGGCUGGUUCAUUAAUCUGUAUCUCCAGUCCAUUAGAAGCUCGGACACCAGCGAUGACGUGAACUCAAGAAUCUUGCUGCUCAAUUUCUACCUGACACGGGCCAUUUUCCUCUCCGUCACUCGUUCACUGUUUGAGAGGGACAAGAUCCUCUUCUCCUUCAUGUUGUAUGUCAGGCUCCAGCAGGCACAAGGAAGAGUGAAGGAGGAUGUGUGGAGGUUCCUGUUGACAGGUGGAAAGGGUGUGCUGGAUAACCUGCAUGGUGCACCCCCAGCACCUUGGCUGUCGGAGAAGGCCUGGACCCUCCUGGUGCAGGCGGCUGACUGUGAAAGUUUAUCAGGUGUCCAUGAGCACCUGGCCAACAAUGUGGAGGCUUGGGAGGAGGUGUACAUCUCGGCAGCACCCUACCUGGCUAAUUUUCCCCAGCCCUUCCACCAGCUGCAUGGCCUUGACCGUCUUGCUCUCGUCAAAUGCAUCAGGCCAGACAAGGUCACCCUGGCAAUACAGGACCUCAUAGCAAGCCAGCUAGGAGAAGAAUACCUGUCACCGCCCCAGUUUGACAUCUCAUCGUCUUAUGAUGACUCAACCUGCAGCACCCCACUCAUCUUUAUCCUUUCCCCCAGCACCGACCCAGUGGCUGCACUCCGCAGGUUUGCCAUAGAGAAGGAGAUGGGCGAAGAGGAUGUGCAGGUCAUCUCCUUGGGUCAGGGACAGGUCAGUGACUAGUACAUGAUACUACACUGAUA